AUGGGAAAACGAGAACAAAGGCGGAGAGUGAACUGCUGGUGUCUUACCGGGAUUUUGUUGCUGUGCUUUGUGGAGCGGAUUGUGGCUCAGCUCAGAUACGCUGUUUCAGAGGAAGUACAAGCUGGAUCGCCUGUUGGAAAUGUUGCCAAGGAUUUAGGCCUGGACAUUAGUGCUUUAAAAGAAAGGCGGUUUCGUAUCGUUUCAGGACCAAAUCACGCUCUGUUCCAGUUAAAUCAAAACAAUGGAGUGCUAUAUAUUGCGGAAAAGAUGGACAGAGAGGAGCUCUGUGAUGGAAUCAAAGUUUGCUUGAUAAACCUGAAAAUUGUCGUCGAGAGCCCACUGGAAAUACACUAUGUUGGCAUCGAAAUAACGGAUGUUAAUGAUCAUUCACCGACUUUUCCUGAAAACGAGCAGCGACUGGAAAUAGCAGAGCACACUCCUCCAGGUACACGUUUCCAAAUCCACGCAGCCAGAGAUCCUGAUGUCGGUGCGCAGUCAGUCCGGUUGUAUAAGCUGAGCCAGAAUGAAUUUUUUGAUAUUGAGACCAGGGACACUGAGGAGGAUAAAAUUCCAUUUUUAGUGCUGAAAAAGUCAUUAGAUAGGGAGCAAAAGGCAGAGCACGGUUUAAUCUUAACAGCUCUGGAUGGGGGCAAUCCACCUAAAUCUGGUAGCCUGAAUUUAACGAUCACUGUGCUGGAUGUUAAUGACAAUCGCCCUGUGUUCAGCAAAGAUAUAUACACUGUUUCAUUAGAUGAAAAUUCCCCUAUUGGGACACUUGUAAUUAUGCUGAACGCCACAGAUUUAGACGAAGGGUUAAACAGUGAAAUUGAAUACAGCUUCGGAAAAACACAAAAGAAAAAAGUGCAUGACACAUUUGAAUUAGACAGCGCUACAGGGGAAAUCCGAGUGAAAGGGAAAGUGGACUUCGAAGACACAGAAAUUUACAGACUUGACACACAGGCUUCAGAUAAGGGGCAGCUUCCUUGGACGGCCGAAAGUAGAGUUAUUAUAAAGAUUAAAGAUGUAAAUGAUAACAAACCUGAAAUUGAAGUAACAUCCUUGUCAAGUGUAGUCCCUGAGGAUUCAAAGCCUGGCACUGUUAUCUCUCUCAUCAGUGUUACAGACAAAGAUUCAGGCAUUAAUGGGAAAGUUAUCUGUAAAAUCUCCAAUGAUGUUCCUUUUGAUUUGACGCCAUCCAUUGAGGAAAAUAUGUAUUCUCUUGUUACAAAGGGGCUUUUAGACCGAGAAAUUGUGUCUCAAUAUGACAUCACAAUAUACGCCACAGACUGUGGUGAGCCUCCACUGUCUACUGUAAAAAUCCUGAAUGUUCAAGUGUCUGAUGUUAAUGACAACAGGCCAGUUUUCAGUCAAAAUCCGCUAGAACUGUACCUAGUGGAAAAUAACACUCCAGGUGCCCCAAUGUUGUCUAUUACAGCAACUGAUCGUGAUCUGAAUGAAAAUGCAGCACUGACAUAUAGCAUAGUGAGAGGCGAUGGGCUGCAGGGAGACAUGGCAACUUUCAUCAAUGUCAACUCUGAAAACGGAGAAAUAAUGGCGCUGAAAAGUUUCGACUUUGAAACAGUGAAAACGUUCACGUUCACUGUUGUGGCCACAGAUUCUGGAACUCCGUCACUCAGCAACAACGUCACAGUCAACGUCUUCAUUCUGGAUCAGAACGACAACGCUCCAGUCAUCCUCUAUCCACUCAGCUCCAACGGCUCUGCUGAAGGUGUGGAGGAGAUUCCACGCAAUGUCAACGCAGGACACUUGGUCACCAAAGUCAGAGCCUAUGACGCUGAUAUAGGAUAUAACGGCUGGUUGCUCUUCUCACUGCAACAAGUCACUGAGCACAGUCUCUUUGCUCUGGACCGAUACACAGGACAGAUCAGAACACUUCGCUCAUUCACAGAGACAGACGAGGCUGAGCAUAAACUCAUCAUACUGGUCAAAGACAAUGGCAACGUUUCCCUCUCUGCAACAGCUACUGUCAUUGUCAAAGUGGUGGAGCCCAAAGAGGCUUUCGCUGCGUCUGACGUCAAAAGUGCAACAAACGAUGACGAGGACAAUAAUGUGACUUUUUAUCUCAUGAUCACUCUGGCCUCAGUGUCUGCGCUCUUCAUCAUCAGCAUCAUCGUGCUGAUUGCAAUGCAGUGCUCCAAAUCCACUGACUAUACUUCCAAAUAUCUCCAAGAGACCAAUUAUGACGGGACACUGUGUCACAGCAUCCAGUACAGAUCUGGAGACAAACGCUACAUGUUGGUGGGACCCAGAAUGAGUAUAGGAUCUACUAUAGUCCCGGGCAGCCAUGCCAACACACUAGUGCUCCCUGACAGGAGGAGGGGCUCCACUGAGGUAAGAGUUCUACCAAAUCUUCUUCACUUGGUUUCAGGUUCUCUAUCCAAAUGUUUUUCUCAUUUUUGUAAAUGA